GGCUGUGCCAACGCCCUUCAGCGCUGGCUCUGGCCGGAGACGGGAGCGGCUCUUUCUCUCCGCCACAGCCCCGAGCGAGGCAGCCGAUCGGGUGCCGCCCGCGGCCCGGCCUAGCGCAGCGGACUCAGGUUCGGAGGAGCGCUCCCGUGCCCGUAGCGUGAGGUGCCCAGCUCCUGCCCCUGCCAGCCGCCAUGGAUAAGACGGAGCUGAUCCAGAAGGCCAAGCUGGCCGAGCAGGCGGAGCGCUACGACGACAUGGCCACCUGCAUGAAGGUGGUGACGGAGCAGGGCGCGGAGCUGUCCAACGAGGAGCGCAACCUGCUGUCGGUGGCGUACAAGAACGUGGUGGGCGGGCGGCGCUCCGCCUGGAGAGUCAUCUCCAGCAUCGAGCAGAAGACCGACACCAGCGACAAGAAGAUGCAGCUCAUCAAGGACUACCGGGAGAAGGUGGAGUCGGAGCUCAGGUCCAUCUGCACCACCGUGCUGGAGCUGCUGGACAAGUACUUGAUAGCCAAUGCCACCAACCCCGAGAGCAAGGUCUUCUACCUGAAGAUGAAGGGAGACUACUUCCGAUACCUUGCUGAAGUUGCCUGUGGUGAUGACAGGAAACAGACAAUAGAGAACUCGCAGGGUGCCUACCAGGAGGCCUUCGACAUCAGCAAGAAGGAGAUGCAGCCCACACACCCCAUCCGCCUGGGGCUGGCCCUCAACUUCUCUGUCUUCUACUACGAGAUCCUCAACAAUCCGGAGCUGGCCUGCACGCUGGCCAAGACAGCGUUCGACGAGGCCAUCGCAGAGCUGGACACGCUCAACGAAGACUCCUACAAAGACAGCACCCUCAUCAUGCAGCUGCUUAGGGACAACCUCACACUAUGGACAUCAGACAGCGCAGGAGAAGAAUGUGAUGCUGCAGAGGGUGCAGAGAACUAAGCCUGCACGUGGGGCAUCAUCUCCCUCCCCUUCCUCCAGAAACCUUUUUACACGUCUCCAUUCCUUAGAGCUCCACUGGGAUUUCCUAUAGCAAAGAGAAAAAGGAAAACAAACCCAUCCAUGUGUAUGGAAAAAUCAAUUUAUAGUCUUUUCACACUGCAGCUUUGGGAAAAAAAAAACAAAAACAAGAAACAAAACAAACUCCAUUCCUUGAUUUGUGGUUUUGGUUUUUGGGUUGGGUUUUUUUUUGUUUGUGUCCUGGCCUUCCUGGUGUGCAAGUUACUGCUGUAGAAAAGUAUUAAUAGCUUCAUUUCAUAGACACCUCUGCAGAGGGCUCGAGUGCUCCUGCUCUUGAAAGCAAGCCCACAGCUGGACCAGUUCUGCCCCAGUGAGCUGUGGUUUGUACCCCGGUGAGCUAUGGACGUGUAGCUCACUGCAGCUCCACCUUAGCUUCUCCUCCUCCACAUCCCUCCCCUUGCUCUGCAGCCUUUCCUGCCCUCCCCUGGCUCCCAGCUGACUCCUGUGUGCUCUGGCAGUAGGGAUGUGGAGGCCUUGGGCCAGUUUGGAGAACCACCCAGUGAGUUGUGUGCCCCCCAGCAGGGCCUCCCCUGCCUCCAGCUGCUGCUCUUUCCGUCGCCCUCCCCAGCCCAGCUGCCUGCCGCUGCUGCUGGCCUUACUUUGCCCAGGGGCAGGCUGCAGUGGGUAGCAGCUUCUCAGGCACUGGAGUGGCACAGCCCAAAGGGAGCUCCAAGCGUGGCCAAGUCUCCAAGUUUGGUUUUUUUUUAGUACUUUUCCCUGCAGGUUUGUGCACAUGUGAGGAGGUGUCCAAAGUCUGUCCAGUGAUCGUUCCUUAGAGAGUUUGGACCACUGUUGUGUGUUGCUAAUCAUUGAUUGUAGUCCCAAACGAGCCUUGUGAAAAAUGUUCUGCCCUCUGUAACAGCAAAAGUAACAUUAAAUAAAAGUACAUUUUAUAAACCA